AUGGUUAGCGAUGUCAUUCGCCAUUUCUAUCACUCAGCUGCUAGUAACAACGCAGCCCGAAUGGAUUGUGAAUCGAGACCAAAUCCAGGUAAACAUACAACUUACAAAGCUCUUAUGGUGCUAUACAAGAGUCAACUCCAGGGACUUUUUGCCAUCUGCACAGCCUGGGGCUGCGAAUUGCGAGAAGUGAGCGAGCUGGUGCCACUGUUUUUGCACACCGUCGGUUCGCUGCUGUUUCUGCUAUCGGCCAUCGCCCUCGUACCUGCUAUUUUCUGCUCGGCCACCGCUGCUCCUCUACAGACUAUCGCUCAUCUCCAGAUUGCUGCCGGUUUGUCAUCCUACGCAUCUUCUUCUUUUGUGUCAUCGAGCGAGAACUUUAGUUUCUAA